GUUGACAAGUGAUUUUAGAGCUAUCUUGAACUUUUUAAUGCCUAAAGUGCUUUCCACAUGAGGAUUGAUACGAGGUUUUACUCCGUUUUCAUAAACCCCAGGCCUUAUAGAAUCUGCAUCGAAAAUUCAAAUGAAUUCUUUUUUCUACGGCGCGCGGUCGUAUGCCAUGUCCAAAGCGUUCUAAAUAAUUUCAUGAACUCCAGCUGUAUGGAGAGGAAUGAAAAAUGGCUAUCUUAUUAUCUGCCUCUCAAAAGCUUUUCCGGCCUCCUCUCGCUCUUAAAAUAGUAUACAGAUUUCAUGGAUCUUGUAAACGAUUGGAGGAUAUUUGGGCGUUUUAUAAAUUGCAAAGCGCCAAAGCCCCAUGAGAUAAUUGUCAUAGUGUAUGGUCUUGUCCUCUCAAGAUGGCCUCAAGAGAUCAGUUACAAGCAAAGUGUCAGGCUAUGAUGCCUUCAUCUACAAAUUUCGAGAUUUAUGACCCGCCAAAAGCUGUAUGGGUGUGGACCGAAAAGAAGGAUGUCAUGACUGCUGCUGUUGAGAGAGGCUGGAACACUUUUGUCUUCUCUUCGCAUAGUAGAAAGCUAGCCGAUGAAUGGUCAUCGAUUGCUAUGAUAAAGCCUCUGUUUAUUCAAGAGGGAGAGAUUUUUGAUUCUGAAAACAAAAGGAUUGCCAUAGUUUCUGAAAUUUCUUGUCCAGAACAACUCGAACAGCUCCAAUUACUUGACGGGCAAGCAGAGAAUGUAGUUAUAAGUUUGAUGGACUGGCAGGUGAUACCAGCCGAAAACAUUGUUGCAGUAUUCCAAGGUAGUCAAACUAAGGUGUUGGCUAUUGGAAAGACUCCUUCAGAAGCGCAACUUUUUCUUGAGGCCUUGGAACAAGGAUUGAGUGGAGUUGUGUUGAAAAUUGAAGAUAGUGAGGUCAUUCUUAAGCUAAAGGAAUAUUUUGACAGAAGAAAUGAGGUGAAGAAUGUUUUGAGUUUGGUCAAAGCCACUGUGUCACAGGUCCAAGUUGCUGGAAUGGGCGAUCGCGUGUGCGUGGAUCUAUGUACUCUCAUGAGGCCUGGUGAAGGCCUACUGGUAGGAUCAUAUGCAAGGGGACUUCUCUUGGUGCAUUCUGAAUGCUUGGCGUCAAGUUACAUAUCCAGCAGACCGUUUCGUGUCAAUGCGGGCCCUGUGCAUGCUUACGUUGCGGUUCCAGGAGGCAAGACCUGUUACCUUUCAGAAUUGCAGUCAGGUAAAGAGGUAAUUGUGGUUGAUCUCAAUGGUAGACAAAGGACAGCGGUUGUUGGGAGGGUCAAGAUUGAGACUAGACCACUCAUUCUUGUGGAAGCCAAGUUGCAGAUAGAUGAUUCAGAUGACAAAACCAAAUACAGCAUCCUCUUACAGAAUGCCGAAACUGUUGGUUUAGUAUGUCCAUUCCAAGUUGGCAAGCACAAUAUGUCAGCUAUACCUGUAACAACAUUGAAAGUUGGUGAUGAGGUUCUUUUGAGAGUACAAGGUGGUGCACGACACACAGGAAUUGAAAUUCAGGAAUUCAUCAUAGAGAAGUAAAUCUUCUUUAGAGCUUGAGGAAAUAUUUCUGGUUUGAACCAGUAGGCAAGAGACAACAGCAAAGAAAGUUAGCAGGAGCUAGAGAUCCUUGAUUGUAUCAUGUUUGAAGAGAAGAGAAAGAACCAUCCUCUUUUCUAUUCUUUUUUAUGUCAUUCUCCUUUUUAUUUGUUUGAUCAUUUUAUGAAUAAUUUUAAAAGGUUCCAAGCCUAAAAAUGAAUAUAUUAGUGUUAGUCAAUCUCAAAUCAAGUACAAAAGCAUUUAAACAUAAAUAUUAUUAUAUAUGGGGUGGAUAACUCAAAGUUGAGCUUGU